AAACCCCACAAGCUAACUCAUUAUUGAGCCGAACAUGAAGUUCUUUUGGAGAGGGUUUUUUUUUGGCCACGCCUACUUUGGGCUUUUUGGGACGCGUCCCAAAUCGGGCACUCAGUCAGCCAACUUGAUAGUGCUCGUGGAUAUAGAUAGGGCUGCUUUUUAAAAGUCACAGAGACAAGACUAGGUUUGGAGGUAGGUAGGGUGCUAGUCCGGAUUGGGACGCGUCCGGUCUGUCAGUUUUUCCCCUUCACUCCCUCGCUGUUAGGGUGCAACAGUUUCACUCGCAGGGAUGAAGAACAUUCCUCAGUACUGUACGUAUCCUUUUUCUUUUCGUGAUGAGGAUGUUUUUUUAUGGAAUGAUUUAAACUGGAGUCUGAUCUCACUGGGGAAACUUCUCCUCUGCAUGUUUCCGUGGAGCGUAAAGGAAGUCGCAUGUGUUUUUACAUGUUUGAGUAUUUAUUUUUGUUUAUUUGUUUAGCACUGGGGUUGUAAACUUUCCUGAAGUGAGGGUUUUUGGGAAAUUCUUCCCAAAAACUGCACGUGCUGUAACUUUGUUGCUUGCAUGCUGCAGGAAAAAAAAAAAAAAAGGCUUGUGAUCUAUUUGCUCGUGAUCAUUUCUCAAAAUAUUCCGUUUGCAUUUGUUUUAUCAUGAGCAUGCUCUCAGAUAUAAAGUGUACUUGUCUCUAAACUGUACUUUUUUUUAUUUUACCACGAAUGGUGCACGCUCUAUAAAUAUAUUGACUUUAAAAAUGAAUGAAAAUCGAUUUUAAUGACCUUUUAGACGUGCAUCCGUCGUGCUUUCGUUUCUUUUUAAAGAAGGUGAAUACUGAAGGAGCAAACCAUGCAUGUGAUGUUAAAGUGCAGUUUAGUACAUCUUCUUAUUUUUAUUUCUUCAUAAGCUGAAGAUCAGUAUUUGGUUAAAGCACGUGAAGUUACAGAAACUUUGGCACCAGUUCUCUUUUUGUUUUCUCAGAAAUCACAUUACAUCUCUCGGCUAUUUCACGUCACGUGCUUUAUCGCACGUGUGCCGUUGCUUCACUGUGCACAGCUCGGAAGUUUCCCAGGAACGGGUUCACUUUGCGUUUCAGUUCUAAUGUACACGAACUAGACAUGCUCACUGAGCAAGCUGGGGUUUUCACACAGCUGUCUGAACAUCUUCCUCAGUGUUUCCUGUGUGGGCGGGGCCUGGCUGGGACCGAGACUGGUCCUGGCCUCUCUGUAUAAAAUGGGAGGCCGGUGAAGGGCUUCAGUCGUGGGGUUUGGAGUCUCCGGUAUGGUGCAUGCUGUGCCGCGGAGGCCGAGAGAAGCUCGAGCAGGCGUGUCGGAGAGGCAGGGGGGCGCUACGACUACCCACAGCCAUGCUCCAGCUCAAACUGCCCCGCCUCUUCAACAUUCACCAGAUCCCAAAGGUGUUUUGGGAGGACAGCAUCAUAUCCGGUUACAGACAUCCUCAAAGCUCCGCCCUGGACUGCAUCCUCAGCAGCUUUCAGAUGACCAAUGAGACGGUGAAUAUCUGGACCCACUUCCUGCCAACAUGGUACUUCCUGUGGCGCUUCUGUGUGCUCUGUUCCACGGUGGACUUCCUGUCCGAGAGCUACACGUGGCCGCUGCUGGUGUACAUGCUGCUGAUCUGCUUGUAUCCGUUCACUUCCAGCUGUGCUCACACCUUCAGCACGAUGUCAUCCGAAGCCCGGCACAUCUGCUACUUCUUCGACUAUGGAGCGCUCAGCCUUUACAGCCUGGGUUGUGCGAUCGCGUACGGCUCCUACGUGAUGCCGGAAUGUUGGGUGAACAGCCAACUUCAUCACCACUUCGUGCUCAUCGCCAUCGCUAACAGCGUCUUCUGCACCAGCAUGUCCUGCUACUCCAGAUUUUUCGAAUUGCAGUUCCCACACAGGAGUAAAAUCUUACGGACCGGAGCGUUCGUCAUUCCCUUCAUGUUCGAUAACAUCCCGCUUUUCUACAGACUCUUGCUGUGUUUUUGUGGAAGCUGCUCUCACACGGACGCUCUGUCCAGUCACUGCUAUCACCUGCUGUUUGCUUUCCUCACCUGCUUCCUGUUCGCUUCUCACCUGCCCGAGAGACUCGCGCCGGGACGAUUCGACUACAUCGGCCACAGUCACCAGCUGUUCCACAUCUGCGCGGUGGUCGGCACGCACUUCCAGAUGGAGGCCAUCGUAGCGGAUAUGACGUCACGCCGGAGCUUGCUCGCCGCUCACUCGGCCGCGCCGUCCUUCCUGGGAACGCUGGGAGCGCUGGCACUCGGCGUCCUUCUCAACCUGGGCAUCAUCGCCCUGUUCAGCGCCAGUCUGCUGCGUGCCCCGAACCUCGGCUCCGAGAAAGGAGUCGCUACAAACCGCGCCCUGCAUCCGAGCGCUGCCGCGAAAGACGAGUAAAACGCUCAAGCACUUCAGAAAAAUAAGCUCUGAACCUCUGACGCUCUGGCCCAGGGACGACUUUAAUAAUAAUAAUAAUAAUAAUAAUAAUAAUAGAGAUGCACCGAAAUUUCAUUUCAGUUCAAAUAAUUCAGCCCCCAAUGGUUUUUUAACAAUUCUUUUUUUUAAAAAAAAACGCACAAAUGUUUUAUUUGAAUUAUUUACGCUUCAUUUUAAUUCAUUUGUAAAAUGAUACGGCGGAGAAGCUCAAAUUGCGAAGCCAGGUUUUUGUCUCUGAAGGUAACAAAAAAUUCUGAAGGAAAAAAAUACUUUUAAUUAUUUAUGAUUAAUUUCAGUGAUAAAAUCAUCUGAAUAAUCAGUUAUCAUUUUUUUUAUAUAUAAAGUUAAAAACAAAUUAAAAAUAAUCAAAUCAUUUGUUUAAAAAAGUAAAAAAAAAAAAAAAAAAGGCAAAAAUAUUGACUGAAAAAAAUUGUUUCCAUUUUUUACGAUGAAAUCAAACGCACACAACAAUGAACGAGUUACAAAGUGCUUCAAAGAUAAAAAUGUUAACAAUAUGAUUUAGAAUAGAUUUAAUCUAUUCGUGCACUAGUAAGCUGUUCAGUGUUGCGAGAUGUGGAGGAGUCUUCCACACCUUAAAGCCCCCCCCCCCCCCCCCCAAAAAAAAGAUUAAAAAAAUAAUGAACUGGGCUUUGGGGAGAUUUGUCAUUUCAGACGCACACCAGUGGAUAACGCACGUGCAGUGUACGGUUUAUGAUUCGCCGUUUAUUACUGUUUAGUCUGUUUUUGCGUUUUGGGGGCGGGGUUUGGCUUCUGUCCAUGUUUCUAACUCCACAAAAUACAAAAAAGUUUCCAAAAUCGUUUUUCUUCUAGAUUUCUAUUCAAAAAUUAACGCCGCUUCUUAAAAACGCGAUUGAUUGUUUUUUUUUUUUGUUUUUUUUUUUUACGUUGUUAAUGGCUCAAAUUUCCUGUACAGGAAGUACGUAAAGACGGCCACGCCCGGGAUCCAAACUUCCCCCACUGACCCAAAUCUCUCCCAGUAAAUAAUCGGCCUGUUCGAUAUGACCAGCGACAGUUUCCUCACAGCCUCGCAGAUUUAUUCUCCUAUAUUUAUUGAAGGUUUAUAUCUAUUUAAAACUCAAAAGAUGGGAAAGAUUUGCAGUUUAAAUACAAAAUUUUAACAUCGAUAUAUUUUUAAUAAAAAAAAAUAUUUAUAUAUAUAUAUAAAAAAAAGACGAUAUCUGUGAUAUCUCAGAGAAGCGUAUUUGAAUUUCUCAUGAUAUUAUACUGUAAUAUCGCCCAGCCUUAAAGUUUUUCAUCUCAGCGUUUAUAAAAAAGCUUCAUUUAAUAAAAUUAAUUAUGAAUCGGUACGAGAAAACCAAUUACUGAACAAUGAGCCUUGAAUUUGUGAAUUUUCGGUUCGGUGCAUCGCUAUUUUAAACUAUUUCCAGACAGUUUAGCACUUACAUAUUUGAUCUACUUUAUAGUUCGGUUUAGUCCUUUAUAGUUCUAUGGUUUUGUAUUUCAGCUGAUGACCCUGAUUUCACAACCUUUCUGUGAGAGAUUUCUUCUGUGGUAUGAAACAAGCUAAAUAUAUAUAUAUAUAUAUAUAGGUAUAUAGAGAUAUAUAUCUAUAUAUGUUUGUUUUUUUUUCUUUAAGAAAGCCACUUCAGAAAGGGCGGGGCUUAAAUGAAGCGAAUACUGAAUUUUCUACGUUGCAUUUUAACACAAGUGCCUUCUUGGGAUUUUUAUGUACAAGAUAUUACGAUGUCACUAAUUUAUGCAAAUGUUAUUCGUAACAGCAACCAACUGGAAGACGUUUCUGCAGAAUCCGUCGGGGAUUUCUUUCUUUCGGAUUGAAUUCCUCGACCAGUGAUGGCGCUCGGUUUGUUCCCGUUCCUGUUUUCUGCUCGUUUUUUUUUUUUUUUUUUUUUUUUUACAGUUUAUAGAGUUCCGAUUACAGUGUAAAUAUUUAUUAUCUAGGAAUUUAUUUGAGUGUUCUAUAAUCAAACCGGCUAAUCAGAGUGAAAGCCUUUUUCAUGCUACUGUCGAGUAAGAGUACUGAUUCGUAUUCGUGAAAGGUUCUAUUUAGCGACACGUCCGCGCGCGUUUACGUUAGAGCGACGCGGAAAUCCUUGUAAAUUUCGUUCGGGCGGCGGCGGCCAUCUUGUUGACGCUUACGGGUGAAUUUUUUUUGCUUUCAGUCGUAGGAGGAGACGUUCAGCGAUCGUAUCUACUCGAACAAACCUGAAACGCAUCAGAGGACACCAGACACCGAUUCCCGAAGUGUAGCUGUUAAAAUCCGAUUUAAGUGGCGUAAAUGAAUCGGAUCGGAUUUCUCGGCAUUUUACGCUAACCUCUUACCCAACAAAUUGGACGAUUGGAUGUUUUUACUGAAGGGGCGGGACUUAUGUAAUUCAGCCGCCAUUUUGAGUGAGGUUUUUGUUUUGUUUGAUUGUUUCUUUGUUUGUUUGAAGGCGAUCGCCUUCAAAUGACAUCACAACUGUGUAAUGACGCUCGAAAGUCAUGGCACCUCACUACGCAUAUCCAAAUUUUUUGGUAACAUUUUCAAUAAAGCUCAAAUAAUAAUAAUAAUAAUAAAAAAACAAUGAGUAAUGCUAGUCCAGUCCUGAAGUGUGUUGUAGCUCCGCCCUCAUCCUCAGUUUCGGGCACGUCACCACGACAACGUUCCGCUUCGUUCGCAUUAGCAGCUUCUGCGUUCUCAUCGGGAUCGAAGCGUCAUUAUACAAAACGUUUCUAAAGUCAAACGCCGUUUAAAAACCUUCCCGGUACGCUCCUGUGACCCUGAAGGGUUUCCAGAACGCUCGCAUUUCGUUAGUGUCCGUGAUUAAGUCCGUUAGCGCUCGCUAACGCUGUACACGUGUGCUGUUCUAACCCGGUCCAGCGAGCUGCAGGCUUCGGUACGAGUUGGGAAGGGAUUCUGGGAUCAUGAAGGAAUGCAAUAGUAAGUGCUGAGAUGGUUAUGUAUGGCGUCGGGUUUGUUUGUUUGUUUGUUUGUUUGUUUGUUUGUUUGUUUUGGAUCUACAGUACAGCAGAAAUCCUUGGCAGUGAUAUUUGUGUUUAAAUUUGAUUUCUAUCUGAAACAUGAAAAAAUAAUCGAUGGUACAGUAUUCAAAUGCGACGGAAUUUCUCCGCCGCACAACGCGUUUCAGAUUCUCUUCACGACAUGAAGUAUUCACAUUUAUAUCUGUUCAUUAGGUUGUUUUUUUACUUUUAUUUUUUAUGAUUUUAGGAUUUGAUUUUAUUCAGGAGCGAUCUUGUUUCUUAUCGAUUUAUAGUUUAUUAUAUCUGAUCUUUCAUAUUAUCAUCCUAUUUGAUUAUUUUUCUUUUAUUGUCUUACAAAGCGACAUGAUUAUAUAUGAAACAUUUAAUAUAUAUUAUUAAUUAAAAUUAAAUUAAAUUAUUAAUUGUUACAUCCAAAAACUCAAGCAAGCACAUAUUCGGGGUUUUUUUUUUCUUUUCUUUUCUUUCUUUUUGGAUUGUUUUUUGUUUUUCAGCAGUCGGGAAAUGACUCGGUUGUGAAUCUGAAAUGCUUCGCGUCGUUCCACCAGAUUUAUUUGGAAAGUCAGUUUAAAUACGUUUGCACGUACACGUUUGUGGUUCUGUUUGAUGGGGUUUCUGCUGAGGGGCGGGGUCAGGGCGAGGCGGGGCGGUGCUGUAGGGGAUUUUUGUGUUGCGGUGUAGCCAUGUUUCGAGACUUUAGGUUGCCGCGUGUACGUCUGAAAACGUCAACGUCUGCCUUCGAUACGUUCGAUAAGAUAUCAGAAUAUUUAUUUCAUACGGAAAUGGACUUUUCUGUACCGGGCACAUGUUUAAGACGUCGUAGUUGGACGGCCGGAAGGUUAAAGGGAAAAAGGCAGGUUUUUAUUUCCAAACGGUUUUCUUUUCUUAUUCUUUUUAUUAAAUAGAGUUUAGAUUAGACGAGAUCAGAUUUCUAUCAUUCUCACCGCAGAAUAAUGUCAGUGUGAUGAUUACGAUAACACGGCACUUUGUUACUACAAUCAGCUCGAGCACUGAUUGAUUAAUUCUCCGUUUUUACACUCGACAAUAAACUAUUUUUACAACUUGUGUGUG